UGUCGUUGAGAAUUGAGGAGAUUUGAGACUAGAAAGCAGAGAGACUUUCCUCUGGUGCGCGAAAUCGAGAGUUUGUCUUCUCUAUUAUUCACGUACACCCUGUUUCUCUCUCUCUCUCUCAUCGUUAUUUUUUUUUUAUUUCUCUCUUUCUCUCUCUUUCUGUGUAUACUUAUAUUUAGGGGACUUAUAUAGUUUUAUGUAUAAUGUGCAUCGGCAAGGGAUUUUGCAGCUCGAUCUGUAAGUUGUUUUAAUCAGUUUUUUUGCACGAAUUUUCGGUUGAAUUUUUUUAUCUGAUGCAUUGAAUUACAGCAGAAAUUUGGGGUGAAUUUGAAAGCCCUAGAUCUUACUUGAUUCGCAGUUUGAUUGGAUCGAGUAGGGCGAUUUUGGUUUGACCAAGUGGGUUUUGUAAUUGGAUCUGGAAAAAUUACUAGCUAGAAUUUGAUAGGGUUUUAAUUUUGGUAGCGGUGACUUUCUUUUUAUUGUUUUAGUGAGAAGUAUUCUCUAGGGUUUGAGUUGAUGGCUUCGAAUCCUCCAUUCCAAGUGGAGGAUCAGACUGAUGAGGAUUUCUUUGAUAAGUUGGUGAACGAUGAUGACGAUGACGUUGAUCUUAAGGUCACUGCCACGUCAUCGUUGGCUUCCACCGCCUCAGGGCCUGUUUUCACGGAUGGGGAUGAGUCUGACGAGGUUAAGGGCUUUGCGAAUUUGAGUCCAAAUGAGGCCGAUGAUAGUGAUAAGAAUGAUAAAAAGAUGGGAAUAGAUGAUUUGGGUGGGAAAUUAGAGAGGGAGCCGAAUGGCGUGGUUAAUGAAGUUGUUGAGAUUGAUGCUAAAGGGGCUGUGGCGGUGGAGGGUGUAGUGGAGGAGAGUAAUGGUGUUUUGGAAUCAUCGAGUUCAUUUGAGUUUGCAGGUGUAGUUGAGGAAAAUAAUGAAAAUGUAGGUACUGAGGUUUUGUCUGAUGCGACCACCUCUAGUAAGAGUGACGGAUCUGGAGCUUUGGGUGUGAAGGAGGUGCAAUGGAGUGCCUUUAAUACCAAACAGGCUCAGAAUGAUAGUAAUGGGUUUGGAUCCUACUCAGAUUUUUUCACCGAGUUGGGAGAGAAAGCUGGCGAUUCAAGUGCCAAUAUGCUGAACAAUUUUGAUAAUGAGAUAAAGGGUAUAUCUGCCAAUGAAAAACAUGAAUCUGCAUAUUUGGAUAGCUCAAAUUAUGGGGAUUUUCAAGAUAGUUAUAAUUAUGGUACAGCUGCACAUAAAAGUAUAGAGGGGCAGGAUCUAAAUAGCAGUCAAUACUGGGAAAACCAAUAUCCUGGGUGGAAGUUUGAUCCAACUACUGGUCAGUGGUAUCAGGUGGAUGGCUACAAUGCGGGUGUAAAUGUGCAGGGAACUGCAGACUCUAACCCAGCUGGUGAUUGGACUGCUUUUGAUGGAAAGACUGAGGUUUCUUACUUGCAGAACACUGCUCAGUCUGUUGCUGGAACGGUAGCUGAGAGUGGUACGACUGAGAGCGUCACUAACUGGAAUCAAACAUCAUAUCUCAAUGAUGCUACUGGGGCUGAAUCAAAUUGGAAUCAGGUGUCUCACGUGAGCAGUACGGGUGGAACUACAUCAGAGUGGAAUCAAGGAUCACAAGUAAAGAACGAGUACCCAUCACAUAUGGUGUUUGAUCCUCAAUACCCUGGUUGGUACUAUGAUACAAAUGCCCAAGAGUGGCGAUUGUUGGAUGCAUAUGUUUCAUCUUCUCAAUCAACUACUGGAGCUCAAGAUCAGCAUAAGCAGAAUGUGUCUAUGACAGAUACUCUCUCUCAGUACGACGAUCAGAAGACAUUUGAUACAUAUAAACAGAAUGUCUCUAUGACAGAUACUUUCUCUCAGUAUGACAAUCAGAAGACAUUUGAUACAUAUAAGCAAAACCUGAAUUAUACUUCAGAAGGAUUUGCUGCCCAAAGCCAAGAUUACAACUGGGCUGGAUCAUUCGGUCAUUUCAACCAUCAAAAUUCAAAUAUGUGGCAGCAUGGAACUGCUGUUAAUCCUGAAUCCAGUACAGGUUAUGGGCAAAACCAACAAUUGAAGAACCAUUAUGGCACAAAUGUUUUGGGAAACAACCGUGUUAAUCAACAGAACUCUAGCAAUUAUGGGGGAACAAUUCCUUAUCAUGAGAGAGGAAGUCAAAGUCAGAAAGAGUUUUCAGCAGUUGGUGGCUCAAAAAACUUUGUUCAUGCGCCUAAUUUUAGUCAGCAAUUUUAUCAGGCAAGUAUUGAGCAAAGUGAACAGAAGCAUGUCUCUGAUGAGUAUUUUGCCAAUCAGAAUUCAAUUAAUUUCCCCCAGCAACAGUUUAACGGUACCCAUCAAUUCUCUUAUGCUCCGACCGCUGGAAGGUCAUCUGCUGGCCGUCCUCCACAUGCAUUGGUUACUUUUGGUUUUGGCGGGAAACUUAUUGUGACAAAAGGAACUGAUUCUAUUGGAGGCUCAUCUUAUGGAAGCCAGAAUCCUGUAGGAAGCUCCAUAUCCAUUCUUAACUUGAUGGAAUUAGUAAAUGAGAAAGAUGGUGCUUCUGCCCGUGGAUUUGGUGUUUCUGAUUACUUUCGUUCUCUCUGUCAACACUCCAUCUCUGGUCCACUUCAUGGUGGGGGUGGUGGUAUCAAGGAGUUAAACAAAUGGAUUGAUGAGAGAGUUGGGAUCUCUGAUACUUCUGAUUUGGACUCCAAAAAAGGGGAAGCUUUGAGGCUGCUUCUGUCUUUGCUAAAGAUUGCCUGUCAGCAUUAUGGAAAACUACGUUCUCCUUUUGGUGCCGAUACAUUGUCAAAGGAGAAUGAUACUCCAGAAGCAGCAGUUGCAAACCUUUUUGCAUCUGCCAAAAAGCUCGGUGCUCAAUUCAGUAAUUAUGGUGCGAUUGCCCAUUGCUUGCAAAAUUUGCCUUCCGAAGGGCAAAUGCGGGCCACUGCUUCUGAGGUUCAAAGUCUCUUGGUUUCUGGGAGAAAAAAAGAGGCCCUGCAUUGUGCGCAAGAGGGUCAGUUAUGGGGUCCAGCCCUUAUUCUUGCUGCACAGCUUGGAGAUCAGGUUUUGUCACUUGGACACUGUCUACCAUAUGAGAUAUUUCAGAUUGGUUCUUCGCUAUCUAUAUUCUUUGCAGUUUUAUGCUGUCUGAGAUUUGUUCUUCUCUGUGUAUAUUAUUUGCAGUUUUAUGCUGAGACAGUGAAGCAAAUGGCACUUAGGCAAUUAGUGGCUGGCUCACCUUUGCGGACCUUGUGCCUGCUAAUUGCUGGACAACCAGCAGCUGUUUUUUCCACAGAUGACUCAGCUUAUAGCAGCAUGCCUGGUGCUGUAAAUAUAGCUCAACAACCUGCACAGUUUGCUGCUAAGGGCAUGUUGGACGACUGGGAAGAGAACUUAGCUGUUAUAACUGCCAAUAGGACAAAAGAUGAUGAACUUGUGCUUAUUCAUCUUGGAGAUUCUCUGUGGAAGGAAAAGAGUGAUGUUGUUGCUGCACACAUAUGUUAUUUAGUUGCUGAAACAAGCUUCGAGCCAUACUCAGAAAAGGCUAGGCUGUGUCUUGUUGGUGCAGACCAUUUGAAAUAUCCCCGAACAUAUGCUAGUCCAGAGGCUAUUCAGAGGACAGAGAUAUAUGAGUACUCAAAGGUACUUGGAAACUCUCAGUUUAUCCUUGACCCUUUUCAACCAUAUAAGCUCGCAUAUGCACACAUGUUGGCUGAAGUUGGGAGGAUAUCAGAUGCGUUAAAGUACUGUCAAGCAGUUUUAAAAUCACUCAAAACUAGUCGUUCUCCUGAGGUAGAGACAUUGAGACAAUUGGCGUCAUCUCUCGAGGAACGUAUAAGAAGUUACCAACAGGGAGGGUUUUCCACAAACUUGGCCACAACAAAAUUGGUGGGAAAAUUGCUCAACCUCUUCGAUUCUACUGCCCAUCGCGUUGUGGGGGGUAUGCCGCCUCCUGUUCCUCAUGCACCAGGUGGCAGUAUGCAAAGUCUGGAAUACAAUCAACAGAUUGGACCUAGAGUCUCUACAAGUCAAUCAACAAUGGCAAUUUCUUCAUUGAUCCCUUCAGGAUCAAUGGAGCCCGUAAGUGAAUGGGCAAGUGAUAGUAAUAGGAGGACAAUGCAUAACAGAAGUGUUUCAGAGCCUGACUUUGGAAGAAGUCCCAGACAGGAUCAGGUCGAUUCGUCGAAGGGAGAGAGUUCUUCCAAUGGACAAGGUGAAACAGCAGGUGGAGUUACAUCCCGGUUCAGUCGUUUUGGUUUUGGUUCGCAGCUUCUUCAGAAGACUGUAGGUUUAGUCUUAAGACCGCGACAAGGCCGCCAAGCAAAGCUGGGUGAUACAAAUAAAUUUUAUUACGAUGAAAAACUUAAGAGAUGGGUAGAGGAAGGUGCUGAACCUCCGCCAGAGGAAACUGCCCUGCCUCCCCCGCCAACUGCAGCUUUUCAGAAUGGGACAUCUGACUACAACCUCAAGACUGCACUAAAAAGUGAAGGUUCGCUUGGCAAUGGAAGCCCAGAAUUCAAAAGCCCAACUUUGGACCAAGUUCCAGGGAUUCCACCGCUUCCACCCACCUCCAAUCAAUUCUCUGCACGUGCUCGGAUGGGUGUUCGGUCAAGGUAUGUCGACACCUUCAACAAGGGUGGUGGGAACCAAACAAAUUUGUUCCAAUCCCCUUCUAUUUCUUCCACUAGACCUGCUGCCAGUGCCAACGCAAAGUUCUUUGUUCCCACGCCAGUAUCCUCCGUUGAGGAUACAUUUGACAACAGUUCUGAGAGCACUCAAGAUACUACAAUUAGUAAUGAGAUACCAUCAAGCUCGGCUGUAAAUGAUACAUUCCAUUCCCCUGCACCAUCAUCCUCCAUGAAUAUGCCGAGAUUUGGAAGCAUGGGCAGCAUCUCUACCAAAGUGAGAAGUGCCAAUGGAUCCUUCUCAGCUCCUUCGCGGCGCACAGCAUCAUGGAGUGGAAGUUUUGAAGGAAACUCCAGUCCUCCUCAGAGGGCUGCAGUGAAACCUCUAGGAGAGGUAUUAGGCAUGCCGCCAUCGUCAUUUAUGCCGAGCGAUUCCUUGAUGCACUCAUCAGCAAGUGGUGGCAGUUUUGGGGAUGAGCUUCAUGAAGUCGAACUCUGAUGCAACAAGGAUGUACAUAAUGCGUUUUGCUGCUUCAGCCACUACGUCGCACAGCCUUGCUGAAAAUACUUUCCCGAAUGGCAGUGAGCUAUAUUGAAAGCCCAUACGGAGAAUCAAAUAAUUUUCUUUUUCCUCGCAGUUCAUACUGAAAACCCUCGAAAAGCUCCUCGUUGUAUGUCAAAAAGCAUUUGGGUAUGUCAGCUGUUUACCAUAGUUUAGACAUAGGUUAUAUUAUCUCGUGGAAUCUGGUAUCUUAGGAGCUGGUGUUCUUAUAAAAUUUCAAAGAAAUUGCAAGAGCACACCACUGUACAGUCAUUUGUUCAUUUAUUCAAGAACCCCUUGAAGAAGCAAGAAGUGAACUUCUCAAGGGAAAAGGAUAGUGUAUUAAGUUGACAAUAAGGUGCUUUCUCGUUAGUCGAUUAUAGGGUCUCAGAUCAGAAAUUCAAGCGGCUCAACAACUAAGUGGUUUGCGGUGUACUGGGCAUAUACUUCUACUGAUUUUGCUUGAGAUCCUGGGGCAAGAACACCAGCCCGCGCAUCUGUAAUUGUUUUAUGACAAGUGAAAUCAGUCUCCGUGUCCGUUGUUU